AUGACUGUGGGUGAGGCCCUGGUGCAUGUGAGGAUCACUCUACUCCUGCUCUGCCUGGGGGUGUUUCUGUUCCUUUUCAAAUGGCCCCAGAUUGGGCACUCCCAACCCCAUAACCCCCCAGAAGUGGUGAUACCCUUGAGGGUAACUGGCACUGCCAGCAUGAAUGCUCCAGGCUGGUUCUCCUAUAGCCUGCACUUUGGGGGCCAGAGACACAUUAUCCACUUGAAAGUCACGAAGCAUUUGGUGUCCAGAUCUUUCUCUGUGUUCACCUACACAGACCAGGGUGCCCUCGUUGAGGAACAGCCUUUUGUCCAGAAUGACUGCUACUAUCAUGGAUUUGUGGAAGAGGACCCAGAAUCCAUUGUUGCUCUUAGCAACUGUUCUGGGGGCUUUCAAGGAUUGCUACUGAUAAAUGACAUUGCUUAUGAAAUCAAUCCCAAAAGGUUUUCUGCCACAUUUGAACACCUAAUAUAUAAGAUUGAUAAUGAGGAAACACAAUUCCCACCCAGGAGAUGUGGAUUAACAGAAGAAGAAAUAGCACGACAAUUGAAGCUUCAAAAGAGGGAUAAUUCCACUCUGAUGCAAAGUGCCUAUGAAGGCUGGUGGACCCACAAAUGGUUUAUUGAACUGGCAGUGGUGGUAGACCAUGAACGAUUCCUUCAUCAGGAAAGUAAUAUCUCAAAUGUACAGUUGGAAGCAGAAAUUAUUGUCCAUAUAAUAGAUGCCUUUUAUACUUCAUUAAAAAUUGAUGUGGUUUUACUUGGAAUUGAGAUCUGGAAUAAAGGAAACGUCUUGGCAACAGAUGACAUAGAAGUUCUCCUGCGGACGUUUUGCCAAUGGAAGAGAGUCAGCCUUAAUUCCCGCAUUCAACAUGAUGUUGCACAUAUUUUUGUAAAGAAAGGAUUUGGUAUACAUCUUGGCUUAGCCUAUGUUGGAACAGUAUGUAAUAUUUUUUCUAACUGUGGAGUUGAUAGUUUCCUGCAUGACAGAUUACUUCAAUUUGCAUUCAUUGUUACACAUGAGAUUGGUCAUAAUUUGGGUAUGCUUCACGAUGUAAACCCAUGUACAUGUGGGCACAGCACAUGCAUAAUGUUUCCAACAGAAACACCCUCAAGUAGAUUCAGCAACUGCAGUUAUGAUAAGUUGGUGGAAACCUCUGUGCGAACAAUAUGUAUGCGCAAUGCACCACGUCCAGGGGACAUCUUCACACUGAAGCGCUGUGGGAAUGGUGUGGUUGAAGAAGGAGAGCAGUGUGACUGUGGAACCUUGCAGUUGUGUACUAGAGAUCCCUGUUGUUCGGCAGACUGCACUCUGAAACCUGGGACAGCUUGUGCUUUUGGGCUUUGUUGCAAAGACUGCCAGUUCAUGCCAUUGGGCACAGUCUGUAGAGAAAAGGCCAAUGAAUGUGAUCUUCCAGAGUGGUGCAAUGGAGCCUCGCAUAACUGUCCAGCAGAUGUGCAUGUGCAGGACGGGGUCCGUUGCAUGGGUGGUGGCUACUGCUAUGAAAGGAGAUGCAAUAUCCGUGAUGAACAGUGUAGGCAAAUUUUUGGCAAAAAGGCCAAGAGUGCAAAUCAGAGUUGCUACAGGGAAAUGAACGUCCGAGGUGACCGUUUUGGUCACUGUGGUUUGAAUGGCUCUACAUAUGUAAGGUGUCAGGUCCCAGAUAUCCUGUGUGGGAGAGUUCAGUGUGAGAACGUGACAGAAAUUCCCCUUCUGAAAGAUCAUUCUACUGUGCAUUGGGCUCACUCCAAUGGUGUCACCUGCUGGAGUACCGACUAUCAUUUUGGGAUGACCAUACCUGAUAUAGGUGAAGUGAAAGAUGGCACAGAGUGUGGUGCAGAACACGUGUGCAUCCGCAGGCGGUGUGUUCCUAUGUCACUUUGGAGCAGUUCCUGUUCACCUGAGACCUGCAAUAUGAGAGGGGUCUGCAACAAUAAACAUCACUGCCACUGCAGCUCUGAGUGGGACCCUCCUGACUGCCUGACAGCCGGCAGUGGAGGUAGUGUUGAUAGUGGCCCACCCCCUCGGAGAAAAGUGGAAACCCAAAGUGAGGUGAAGAGGAAGUACCUCAUACUACUUCUUUGGAUUCCUUUUUUGCUCACGCUUUGGUGUAUGUUACUUUGGCUUUGUGACCCGCACAGAAAGUUACAAAAGAAAGAUGAACAAAAUGUUCAAGCUUCAUCUUAG